AUGGCAACCCCAUCUCGCGACGGCGGUUUUAGUAAUUUAAGCUUUAUAUCAGUCGGUGAUCCUUACGGCCAAAAGAAAGCAAAGGAACGAGGUCAAGGAGGCGAUUUAAAACCUUUUCUUACAUGCCCGUCGAAAAAAGGUCAACUAGCUGCCACUUUUGGUCCAGGUUACCCCAAGUUUGAUCCACUUGGCGGCGAGUACGCCGAACAGUAUAAAUUAGAAUGUCGCCGUCGACUUGAAAAUACAAAAAAGUUUGUCAAACCAAAUGGAUUUUGUUUCUCGAAUCCUGCUCAGAGUCACACUGGCUCAGGAGAUUAUUAUGGAGCAUUUAGCAAGUUUGAACGGAAUGAAGAUGAGAUUCACAAAGUCAUUCAGGAAAAUGCAAUGUCUCGACCUAAUCCAAAAGCUAGACAGUUUGAAAAGAAAAACGUGCUUACGAACCCUGGAAGUCGCGGGACGUUUGGGUAUGCUAAUACUACAAUCGGUGAAACUAUCCCAGCGAUGGACGCCGACUAUGGAUCUGAGCGGAGGGUUGCUUUACUUGACAUUGCACAACAUAGAGAAGCUGUUGGUGAUCGCAAGCCAUUUAAAUCUACUGCAGAAGGAGUGGAUUUUUUUGACAGUCACGAACAUGUUGCAGCAUCUCGAAUUUUGAGCUGGGAUGAGCAGUGUCAGGCCAGACGACAAGAUGCAAAAGAAACGAUGAAUCCUAAGGAACGUGCAACAGCUAGCGCACCAAGUUAUAAACCAUGGAGGCCCAAUUAUCCAAUUGUAGAUGGCGUAUUUGAGAAAUUUCCAGAGAGUUUACCAGAGCCAUACGAUGAAGCCAUUGUGAAUCGUGCCAUGCUGCCUAUACGCCGUAAUCCCGUUAAACUUGCAACUAAAAACUUACCCGAAUCAUUACGCGAACGUAAGGCAUUUAAACCUAGUAGUGGACCAAAGACCAAGCUUACUCGAGGAACGUGCUUGCUUGGUAUUUCGAAGCACCAUAUCUGA